CACAUAUCCUGUGUGAAUGUGAGGCCUUAGCUUAUUUAAGAUUAUGUCACUUGGGUCAAUACUUUAUGGAACCAAUUGACUAUUUUGACACCCCUACAUGCAAAAUCCUGCGCUUUAUUCGAAGCGCAAAAUAGCUGGUGGGAUAAUCAAAGGGGAAGUACAAUAGACCACUGUAGGUUACGGUGCAAGGGCCGAGAGGGCCCACCCCUUGUUCAUUCAUUCCAAGGCGACCAUUGGUUCACCUGAUUCCUUUAUUGAAUCACUGGCUUUGGCUGUCUCUUUUUUCAAAUCCUUGGAAGAAAGAAAUAGUAAUGACUUUGCCUAAACCAGGUAAAGACCCGAAAGUCCCCCAAAAUUUACGUCCGAUUAGCCUCCUGUCCACAACAGCAAACUGUUCGUCAAAGUCAUUCUAAAAAUAUUCCAGAAGAAAGAGUCGUAUUAACAAGCCAUCCCCCCCCCCAUACACAUCACAGCACGACACUGCAAUGUUUGAGACUGACGGACCAGUGACCCUUAAUUGUAACAAUAAAAUAUCUAUGGGCAAAGUGUUCUUGAACAUCGAAAAAGCCUUUGAUAACACACGGCACUCUGGCUUGCUGUAUAAAUUAUCUAAAUUAGAAUUCUGGGACAGUUUUGUCAAGCUCAUUGGCUCCUUUCCAUCAUCUUCAGAGUUUCGGUGGAAGGCGUAAUAUCCCCGUCAAGAGAAAUGCAGGCUGGGGUAUCACAGGGUUGUGUCUUAUCCCCAACUUUAACCCCUAUAUAAAUGAUGUCACCAAACACAUGGUGUUCAUCUAGCCACUUUUUCGACGACACCUCUGUACAUGCCACCAAUCCCAAGAAGGCUUUUAUUGUCAGAAAACUUCAGCGCGGUCUCAGCUCAAUGGAGACCGAGUGUGAGCGCUGGAAUAUAAAAAUUAAUGAAGAUAAGACACGGGGUUUACUUCUCCCACGGUCGUCGACCGCUUGAAUCUUGCGCUAAAUGGACGAUAUAUUGCAGACCGUCUUGUAGCAGCUUCAGAAAAUCUGCUGAUAGAUGGCAGUAGGAUAUGAGUAUGAUGUUUCGCAUCAAUGUUAGAGGCUGCUCAUAAAUGAUUUGAGGUUUCGUUGCUGUUGGCCAGAGGGCAAUUUCGUUCUUGGGAUGGUGACUCCUGUUAUCUCGUUUGUGGUCCUACCCGUUGUUAUCGUUGUUUCUUCCGGUGCGACAGAAAUCCGAAUGGUUUUAAUUAAUUUGUGGUUUGUGUAGGUUAGUGAUGGCAUUAAGUGGAUUUGUGGAGUUUUUCCAGAAAGGAAAGACAUUUCGUCCCAAGAAGCGAUUUGAACCUGGAACGUUGAGGUAUUCUUUACACAAGCAGGCACAGGCAUCGCUCAGUUCAGGCAUCAACCUCCGUUCUGUGGUGCAGUUGCCUCAAGGGGAAGACCCCAAUGACUGGAUUGCAGUUCAUGUUGUAGACUUCUUCAAUCGUAUCAACCUCAUUUAUGGGACCGUGUCAGAAUACUGCACAACCACAUCUUGUCCUACAAUGUCAGGUGGACCAAAAUUCGAGUAUCUGUGGGCUGAUGGUGGGAAGUAUAAGAAACCAACGCCAUUGCCAGCUCCCCAAUAUGUUGCUCUGCUUAUGGACUGGGUCGAAGCUCAAAUAAAUAAUGAGACGCUGUUUCCAGUAUCCACAGAUGUGCCUUUCCCAAAGUCAUUCACAUCAUUGUGUCGGAAAAUUUUAACGCGAUUAUUCCGAGUGUUUGUCCAUGUUUACAUCCAUCACUUUGAUCGAAUUGUGGCUAUUGGAGCAGAACCACAUGUCAACACCUGUUACAAACAUUUCUAUUACUUCGUUCGUGAAUUUGACUUAGUCAGCAGUAGGGAGCUCGAACCAUUGAAGGAAAUGACAUCACAUAUAUGUCGAGAUUAUAACGAUCCUCCAGCAACAUCAAGUUGACCGUUGGCAUCAAGACAGCAAGCUUGAAAGCACAAAACUGUGCUCCUCUUGCAUGCAAAUAUCCACUUCCUUCUUGAAGACAAGCAGUCACCUGUUGUAAUGCAUUUCCUGCAAUGUUGUGAAGUGUUGUGGGUCGAUGCUGGCAACAGUGUGUGCAGUAGUGUGUUUCGUCUCAUCCAAGUUCCAUGGAUUAUUCAAAUCUGUCGUUGAGAAAUUGUCGCAGGAAGAUGUUGUGAUGUCAAGUCUGGAGAUCAGGGUACCCAAAAACCAUGCCCAACAAUGCAGUCACCAAAGGACUCUUUCAGUAAAGCAGUUGUGUUCAUAGUGUGGGAAGUCACCCCAUCAUUCUGAGAGCAGUAUUCCCUUUCAGUUUUUCCCAACAGAGAAAUGAAUUGGGUCAGAAGAUUCUCAUAACUUUCAGCAUUACUUUUCUACCCCCCAAAAAAAAGCAGAGGUGCCACAACCCUCAUUAAAGACAGUGUGCACCACACCCAAUCUUCAGUGAAUACAGAGAAGUUUCAUGCACCUCACAAUCAGCCAUUUGGCUGUCCAUUUAAACAGUCAGUUGGAUAAUCACUUCAUGGCGUGGGGGUAGAAACAUCUCAAUUGAUCAACUCCUUUUCACAAAAAUUGAUAAAAAAUGGUAGUAUUGAAUCCUUGCAGCUGUUGUAACUGAGGCCCUGAUGAAAAUCAGUAUAAUCAUGAUUUCAGCUGUUUGACUGUUUGAUAAACACUUUUCAGAUAUAAUUCAAUUUGCAGUGACAGUCUUAAAUAUUUCCAUGGUGAUGGGGCUGCUGUUUCUUCAAAAUAGCAGAGUAUAUUAUCUGUCAGACCUGUUUAACAUUGGCUCUGUUUUGUGUCAUAAACACUUCCUGUGCCUAGAAAUUUUAUCACUGGUCUGAGUAAUGUCUUACUUUGGUAAUUUCUUGUCAGGGUACUCAUAUCAGAUGUUCCUGAACAACAGCAAAGGAUUUCAGAGUGAAGUAAUGUUUGUAAUGGAGCACACGUUCUUCUCUUGAAUACACCAUGCUCACACGUGCAUAGCUUCUGCACAACUGAUGGCAACAGCAUGCUUUCCUCUAAGCUGACUUUGUCUCGAGUGUUAUGGGGAUGGUUGGGAGAGCCCAUUAUACAGAGGGAACAACUUCUGAUUUCAUUUCUGCACUGUAGUAUGUGAUCAUUGUUUUUGGUAUCCUUUUAAGUAGUACAUGUGUGUGUAUAUAUACUUAUACAUGAUUAUGCAUAAAAUAGUAAUUGUAAACAAGGAUUAUCCGUUAAUUGUAUAUGUACUGUUUAUAUAUUUCAGAGUUUUUGUGAAGGUGUCUUGAAGGGAGAGACCUACAAGAAAUCCAUUUUUUUUUUUUUUUUUGCAGUCCAGAUACACAGUUUUCAAAUUAUGGUUGUAUGAUGAUGUCAAAAAUGCAUUACAGUUCUAAGGUUGACACCUAAGCAGUCAUUGAGCUGUAAAGGCAAUAGCAUGCAAUAACAUACUGUAACAAUAGCAAUUAUCAAUUAAUUGAACAGUAGCGCUUCCACUGUCUGUAACCAGUUGUGAUCUUGAGAGCUUGUAUGUGUUCACACGUGACUUCACAGCAUUGUCACUGUUCACUCACUACACUCACCUAUAUUCUCGACUUCUUAGCAUGAAACUGAAAACUGACUGACGCAAUAUUCACUCAUCAGUACUGUGCUGCAUUGAAGUUGACUGAAGUGAAAACUGAUGACUCAUUGCUCAUUUUUCCACUCUGCACUGCAUUGAACUAACUUUUGACAGA